AUGCAGGUCUCUGCCGGUACAAAGUCAUGCCGGUGCGGGAUCCGAGCAGAUUAUUCGGCGCUCGCCACCAAGGCAGAACAGGAACACGAGCAUGUAUUAUUCGUUACGGAUCCACAGUUGGCCAAAACCAUAUUAAUUAAAGAUUUCGAGUCUUUUAUAAAUCGCGGGAUGUAUUUUAAUGAAGAGCUCGAUCCAUUAAAGGGGUCUGAGGUUUGGUAUACUGCAGAGCAAAGUGGGACUGGUAACGAUAUUAAAGAAUUACAAAGUAAAAUCAAAAUGAUGUACCAGACAAUGGUAGCGUGCUCCUCUGGUCUAGAUUCUAUUAUGAACAAUCAUUCAAAAACUGCUGAACCGGUUGAAAUGCGAGAUGUGCUUGCGAGAUUUACUACGGACAUAAUAGGCAGUUGCGCGUUUGGAAUCGAUUGCAACAGCUUGAAAGAUCCCAAUUCCGACUUCCGGGUGUACGGCCGGAGAUUGGCCGAGCAAACUUUCGCUCAACAGAUAAAGGGGGUAAUGAUGAUGAUUCUGCCGAAGGCAGUGAUUGAUGUGAUUCGGCUGAAAGCUAUAGACCAGGACGUUGAAGAUUUUUUCGUGAACGUGGUGAGGAGCAACGUGGAUUACAGAGAGAAAAACAAUGUGAUUCGCAAAGAUUUCUUACAACUGCUGCUUCAAUUGAAAAACCAAGGGCAAGUUAAGGAAGACGACGAUUUAUCCGUGAAAAAAACCGAUCAUUCUGCCAUGACCUUCAUGGAGUUAGCGGCUCAAUGCUUUGUCUUCUUUAUUGGAGGGUUUGGAACAUCUUCUGAUGUCAUGACGCACGCGUUGUACGAAUUAUCUAUACAUCAAGAUAUACAAGCUAAACUAAGGAAAAGCAUUGUCGAAGGCUUGGAAAAGUAUAAUAACGAAAUGUCGUAUCAAGCUAUUCAGGAAAUUACAGACUUGGAAAACGUUGUCAAUGAAACAAUGAGAAAGUACCCGAUAGCUCCAGUUCUUCCUAGGCGUUGUACAAAGACAUAUACAGUUCCGGAAUCUGAUUUGGUUAUUGAAAAGGGCACAAAAGUGUGGCUACCAGUAACAGGAUUCCAUUACGAUCCAGAAUUCUAUCCCAAUCCAGAGAAAUUUAAUCCUGAUCGAUUUAACAUAGACCAUCCCGAUUACCGACCAGAUGUUUUAUUCUUGCCUUUUGGAGACGGGCCUAGGCAAUGCAUUGGUCUGAGGUUUGGUUUACUGCAGAGCAAAGUAGGACUGGCAACGAUAUUAAAGAAUUACAAAGUCAGUUUGAACGAUCAAACUGACAUUGCCAAAAAGUUGUUAUAUCUCAAUAUUACGAAAGUUUGAUUUAUAGCAAAAUAUUGUGUUUAUUAGGCUUGGUUG